AUGGAGCUUCGAAACAUGCGUGGUUUGACCAUACAAUGCUCUUGGUAUAAGCCUGUUAUGCUUGAUGAACAUGGCUCACCUAAAGUUGAGCGGCGACCCUGUGUAAUCUACUGUCACGGCAACUGUGGCAGCCGCCGCGAUGCCUUGGAUGCAAUAAAUGUGCUGGAGAGCGGCUUCACUCUUUUCGCAUUCGACUUCUGCGGCUGCGGCAAAUCAGAUGGGGAAUACAUUUCCAUGGGCUAUUAUGAAAGACAGGACCUGGCCGCGGUAGUGGAAUACCUUCGAAAGCAGGUCGAAGAGGUGAGCAGCAUCGCCAUCUGGGGUCGCAGUAUGGGGGCUGUGACCGCCAUCAUGUACGCAGCCGGGGACCCUUCUAUCAACUGUAUCGUGUGUGACUCCCCCUUUUCUUCACUGAAGGAGCUCAUUGACGAUCUUGUGACUGAGCAUACCGAAAGUGUGUCUUGCUGUAUUCCAAACUUUUGCAAACGUGGUGCUGUCAACGUAAUUCGAAAGAACAUCAUCAAGCGUGCCAUGUUUGAUAUCGAUGACGUCGACACGGUCAAGUUUGCUCGGGACUGUAAAGUUCAGACGAUGCUUAUACACGGAGAAGACGAUGACUUUGUUCUCCCAGAGCACUCCAAGAGGAUAUUUAAUGCUUUUAAAGGGUCAUGCGUCCGCACGUUGGUCCGAGGUGAGCACAAUGAUAAACGUGCUCCAAAUGUCUACAUGAAAAUUCUAGACUUUAUCACUCAAAACACCAAAAAUGAAGUGAAAUGA